AUGGGUGGGGCCAAGAAAAUAGUAUUCGCCGAGGACGGCCCCAAGCAUAUGAUGCGGUCCGGAUCAACUGGCAUCGAGGUUGACUGCUUCCACUUCCAGCGCCGGCGCGACUACGAGCUCGAGUUCGCGUGCGAGUGCGUCGUCUGCAACACCAGACGCGUCUUCGGAGCCAGGGGCAGGUGGUUCGUCUACGGAGCCGUCUUCGAGUACGAGCCGCCGGGCGGGGAGCCCCGCCGCCACCCGUCGGCUCCGAGCUACAUCAUCGCCUUCCGCGGCACCAUGCUACGGUACCCCACGAUCUCCCGUGACAUGCUUAACAACCUCAGCGUCCUGCUCAACAAGCAGCACCUGUGCGGCCGCUUCCGCCACGCGCGCGAGAAGGUCGGAGAACUCCUGCUGAGCCUGAGCUCCAUCCCCGGUAAUGGCGGCGCGGUCUGGCUCGCCGGCCACUCGCUCGGCGCGUCGAUCGCGCUGGAAGUGGGGCGGGAUCUGAUGAGCAGAAUGGGGCGCAACCUGCCGACCUUCCUGUUCAACCCGCCGCACGUGUCGCUGGCUCCGGCGAUCGGGGAGGAGGCGAGGAGGGACGUGUACACCAUGGGCUACAUCGGCAAGUACCUGCUGGGGUGGGUUCUGCGGGGGCACAGGGACCACAUGGACGAGCUGUUCCGGAAGCUGAGCCCGUGGGUGCCGAACCUGUACGUGCACCCGGAGGACCCCAUAUGCAAGGGCUUCAUCGACUACUUCGAGCAGCGUGGCCGCGUCGGGCACCACGCUGUCGUACCGGGACAUGCGCCUCUCUGUGUUCGGCAUGCAGAAGGAACGGCCGCACCUCUUACCAUCGGGCGAUGGUGUGGAAGAACCGGAGCCGGCACGGCGACGGGCACGGGCUCUGGCAGUGUGGGAGCCCCAAGGCUCGGACUCGAAGAAGCUGGUGCUGAGCCCCAAGCGAUACACGUGGCCUUGAAUGUCUUGUGUGCUUGUUCGGUCUGCAAUCUAUUUGACUCAGAGGGUGUUUGUAACUUCAGAAGUUUUGGUAUGCUUUACGAAUUUUGAUUUG